ACKGUAGGAAGAGGAUACGGAAUAAAUCAUGGAAAAUGGGAGGCUYGUUGCAUGAUACACAGCGUCAACAUCUAAAUAUGGAAAUGACAGGGAUCGCCUUCGGUACCGACGAAACCGAAACAAGGCUUAUCACCGAAGAUUCUAUUACCAUGGCGGAUGUGGUUUCUUUCGCAACGAUGGAACUCCAGCAAAAGGAACAAGAAUUGCUCGUCAGCGACUACUUCGGUGAUCCGGAGCAGAAAAAGACGCACUUCAACCGUUUUGAAGACCACAACAAUGCCCGGAUUGCCGAGUCGGAAAAGGUUGGCCUUGACCGGCUCGUAAUGGAGGGAAACGAAGUCACACAAUUCAUGAGAACAGCUGGCAGUAGCAUCGACGAAUCUGAUAUCAUAUCUUGGAACCAUUUGAAAGCAUUGCUCGAUCGGGGCUUGUCCCCRGAACACGACGGAAGUGUUGCAGAAGCAGACAGCGACGAAAUAUACCGCCUKUACCGCCUUAUGGAGGAUUCCGGUGGAUACCUUGUCGUUAGGGUAGAAAACGACGACGCAGCGAUAGUUCGAGACCUAUGGUCGACCAUGGAAAAGUAUUUUGCCCUGCCCGAAAGCGUCGAACAGACAGAUCUUCAGGUGCUURAAAAGAAGGACGGAUCCCACGAUCCGAAAGCAGGUUACAUAUUCUGCCAAACCUACAUGAAUGCCAACGGCCAAGUCCUGCCGGAAACCAUCCAGAAUGCUCUGGGUGGAACUCGCGAGUCCCACAACGGCAUUGUGGGUUCCCUCACACUCUUUGCAAACAUUUGCAAGACGGUGGGAACCAUUGCGGCGGCGGGAGCCCUCGAGAAGGACUUGGCCCUAAUGAGCAAGGUUGUCACUUCUAUGCUCGACGAAAAGAGCGGACAUCCCUUUGUCAAUGUCGACCACCGAUUGUCGCAAUACCGAACUGGACCGGAGGAUAUCGAGCAACAAACGGCCAAGGAAUCCCUCAUUAGCCACACCGACUGGACCUUUACCACUUGCAUCCCGCUCAGCGCCGUGCCGGGGCUGCAGCUGUGGRAGCCAYRUUCCAAGGAAUGGGUGGUUCCAGAGGAACUCCUCGCAGAAGAACGUACGAACUACGUUGUGGUCAUGUCUGGAAAGUGGAUGGAGCUGCUGACGCACCAAAAACUUAAAAGCUGCGUCCACCGUGUGGUGACGAAUCCCUCACAGGAUUCGACGGCCCGGCUGAGCGCCCCCUUUUUUUGUCGAACCAAGAAGUAUCUUUUCGACACUGUGCAGGAUCGGUUCCACACUCGUCCCACAUCGCUCUCACAGGAAGCGGCCAUCGACGAGAUGGGUCGGGGCUUCUUCGGGGACCUGGUCCGCUUCAUCGAGGGGAGCCGCGAUCCGGCGAUCCCGGGCUGCGUCGUGGAUAUAUGCAUGGACAAGGGAGAUAGCAUUCCAGAGUGCCGAUCUAUAGAGGAAGUCUUGGGGUAGGAUUGCACUGCAAGAUGGGCUGCCGUAUUGUAGUCGUGUCAACAAUCGGAAUGCAAUACAAGGAUGACGUCCUUACGCGUAGGGAAGCAUUUCAGUGGAGGGAACUACAGCAAAACUACUCGAGUUUUAUCCAAUUGGAAGUCAGGAUGCCGAUGGAAAACYAACCUCGAAUGUGUUUUGGAGUUUUGAAUAGAACUGAACCAUAGAAAAUAUCUUGCGGACGAAUUGCGUGGCAACAACGCUAAUAGUUGUAAUAGAUAAAUUGAAUAUCA